GGAAUAUCCGGUUUUUCACUAGCAUGACAUACCUAAUCCCCUCCUAAGCUUUCCUUCCUGUUCUCCCUUUUAAAUUUCCCCAAUUUUUUUUUCCUUUUUAUCUUUUUAUCUUAUAAUUAUAUAUUUUUAAUUUAUCUUGCCCUCUCGUUUGCUUUGGGUUUCAUUUCAUUUGCUCAGUUUUGCAGGAUUCCAAUUUUUCCACCCAUUUCACCAAACCGAAGAACGUUUACAGGAAACACCAAAAGCAAUAACAAAGAGGAAAAGAAAAGGGAGAAAAUUGUCGCCGGAAAUGUUCUUGUCUCCGCCGGCGCCGUUUUGGGUUCUUCUAUGUUUGGCCAUAGUUUCACAAAUGCUGUAAGUUGAGGAAGGGAGCUAAGAGAUUCUUACAACGCAAAAGGUAAAACAGAGAGUUUGAAAGUGAAGAGAGUUCAAUGCACGAAGCAGCGUUAAAUGAGCAGAGCGACGUCGUUUCAAACGCCAAGAAGAAGAAAUCCGACGACGAGAAAGACCACCUUGUGGUUUCUGUUACUACUCCCAUGUCUCACAAUCAUCGGAGCCGGCGCGUGACUCCCACGACUGCUGCUACCGUCGGUGCUGCCGUCGAGAAAGUCCUCCCCAACGGCGAUAUUUACACCGGUAGCUUCUCCGGUAGUGCGCCUCAUGGAUCGGGGAAGUACCUGUGGAAAGAUGGGUGCAUGUAUGAAGGCGAGUGGCGGCGCGGGAAAGCUUCAGGGAAAGGGAAGUUCUCGUGGCCGUCAGGAGCCUGUUAUGAAGGGGAUUUCAAGUCGGGUCGGAUGGAAGGAAUCGGGACGUUUAUCGGAUCCGAUGACGACACGUACCGCGGCUCGUGGAUCUCUAAUCGUAAACAUGGGCAGGGCCGUAAACGUUAUGCCAAUGGGGAUUACUAUGAAGGAUCGUGGAAGAAAGACCUACAAGACGGAUACGGCCGCUAUGUUUGGAGCAACGGGAUCGAGUACAUCGGGGAAUGGAAGAACGGCGUUAUCUCCGGUCGUGGAACCUUGAUAUGGGCGAACAAAAACCGUUACGUCGGGCAAUGGGAAAACGGAGUCCCCAAGGGGAACGGAGUUUUCUCUUGGCCGGGCGGCAGUCGUUAUAUCGGAGCUUGGAACGAUGAUACCAUGAAGAAAGUUCAACAGUUAAACGAAACAUUUUCUAACGGGAACGACGGGAAAGAGCAUUGUGAUGGAAGGGGAAGCUUAGGGGAAAGAAACAUAAAUUUCCCGAGGAUUUGCAUAUGGGAAAGUGAUGGUGAAGAAGGAGAUAUUACCUGUGAUAUAGUCGAUAAUGUUGAAGCUUCAAUGAUUUACAGAGAUGGGUUUAGGGACUUUAGAAGAAACCCUUGUUGUUUUAAUGAGGAAAUAAAGAAACCAGGACAAAUGAUUUACAAAGGCCAUAAGCAUUAUGAUUUAAUGCUUAAUUUGCAAUUGGGUAUAAGGUAUUCUGUUGGGAAACAUGCUUCGAUGUUGCAGGAUUUAAAGCCAUCAGAUUUUGAUCCAAAAGAGAAGUUCUGGACGAAGUUUCCGUCUGAAGGAUCAAAGCUUACACCGCCUCAUCAGUCCAUCGAGUUCCGAUGGAAGGAUUAUUGCCCGGUGGUGUUUCGACAUUUGAGGGAGCUAUUCCAAAUCGAUCCUGCUGAUUAUAUGCUAGCUAUUUGUGGCAAUGAUGCACUUAGAGAGUUCUCUUCUCCGGGGAAGAGUGGAAGCUUCUUUUACCUUACUCAAGAUGAUCGAUUCAUGAUAAAAACAGUAAAGAAAUCCGAAGCCAAGGUCCUUAUAAAGAUGCUUCCAAGUUAUUACCAACAUGUUUGUCGGUAUGAAAAUUCCCUUGUGACAAAAUUUUACGGCGUGCACUGUGUCAAACCUGUUGGUGGCCAAAAGACCCGGUUCAUUGUGAUGGGUAAUUUGUUCUGCUCUGAGUACCGAAUCCAUAGACGGUUUGACCUUAAAGGAUCCUCCCACGGCCGCUCAACUGAUAAGCCAGAAGAGGAAAUUGAUGAAACGACAACCCUUAAAGACCUGGAUCUCAAUUUUGUGUUUCGCCUCCAAAGAAAUUGGUUUGAGGAGCUUAUGAAGCAAAUCGAUCGAGAUUGUGAGUUCUUGGAGGCUGAGAGAAUUAUGGAUUACAGUCUUUUGGUUGGACUACACUUUCGUGAUGAUAAUAGCGGUGAUAAAAUGGGAUUAUCGCCAUUUCUUUUGCGCACUGGUAAAAAUGAUUCCUAUCAAAAUGAAAAGUAUAUGCGCGGCUGUAGAUUCCUUGAAGCAGAGCUACAAGACAUGGAUCGGGUUUUAGCUGGCAGGAAACCACUGAUUAGACUAGGAGCAAACAUGCCGGCAAGAGCAGAGCAAAUGGCCAGAAGAAGCGACUUUGAUCAGUAUACUCACGGUGGAGUCGGUCACUUUUCACAUAGUGGUGAUGUUUACGAAGUAGUCUUAUACUUUGGCAUCAUCGAUAUCUUGCAAGAUUACGAUAUCAGCAAGAAAUUAGAGCAUGCAUACAAAUCCCUACAAGUGGAUCCUACUUCGAUAUCAGCUGUUGAUCCAAAACUCUACUCAAAGAGGUUUCGGGAUUUUAUCGGAAGAAUUUUUGUGGAAGACAGGUAGAGAGAGAGAGCAUCACGAGAAAAAGGAAAAUCGGGUUAAAAAUAUCCAGCUUCAUGUCUUUAAAUCAGAGACAAUGGCAUUUUCAACGUUGACUGCACCAUUGAAAGAGUGUGGCGUUUGCUGGGAACUAUGCAACUCCCUGAUGGUAUCUUUUUGAGCAGAAACUCCAUGGAAUACACUUAAACAAGGCAUUGAGUGUAAAGUUGUUGGAGAGAUUUGCAGCAGCAAAGUGUUGUGGGGAAAUGUUGAUAGCUGAAUUUUGAUGAUCAGCCCAUCAUGGUGAUGAUGAAGAUGCAGGCUCCAUGUACAUUGAAAGGAGGUAGGGAAAUUUGGAUUCUGGUGAGUGGUGACAUAUAUAUAUGUAGACAUUUUCAGUUUCUUGGGGUGACAUGUUUUUGUGGUGUCCAAGGAAUGUGAAUUGAGAAGAUAUGAAAGAUAGGAAUAAGAAAAAGUGUACAGGUUAUGGAAAAAGGAUGGGGGAUUUUAUGAUGUAUGUUUUUGUGAGGAGAUUAUAUUUAUAGUAUAUAAUUCCAUUUGCAGUCUA